UACAUUGAGCUCUGGUUUAGGCAGCUGAGAGUGGAGAAGAUUAAAAAUCACACAAUUAUAGCAGCAACAAUAAUAAUAAUAAAGGGAGGGGGAAGACAGGAAGCUUAGCGGACGGUCUUACAAGCAAGGAGGAUCAGCAUUUAUUCUUUGCUUUGGUGCAGGUACAAGAGAGCACCCUGGCUCAGAAGGUGAUUCCUUCCUCUCCUUUGAGGAUGUCUCGGAAGGUGCAGAGGGGCGAGGUGUGUGCAGACUGCAGUGCCCCAGAUCCUGGAUGGGCGUCCAUUAACAGGGGGGUUCUUAUUUGCGAUGAAUGCUGCAGUGUGCACCGAAGCCUGGGGAGACACAUUUCUAUUGUCAAGCAUCUCCGGCACAGCAUCUGGCCACCAACACUCCUCCAGAUGGUGCAUUUACUAGCCAGUAACGGAGCAAACUCAAUCUGGGAACACUCUCUUCUUGACCCAGCUCAAGUGCAAAGUGGGAGGCGUAAAGCCAAUCCUCAGGACAAAUUACACCCCACAAAGUCUGAGUUCAUUCGUGCCAAGUAUCAGAUGCUUUCAUUUGUCCACAAGCUACCUUGCCGUGAUGAUGAUGGAGUAACUGCCAAAGAUCUUAGCAAGCAACUUCACUCCAGUGUGAGAACAGGGAACCUUGAGACCUGCUUACGGCUGCUAUCCCUUGGCGCUCAGGCGAAUUUCUUCCACCCGGAGAAAGGCACCACCCCUCUUCAUGUUGCAGCCAAAGCUGGACAAGUUCUGCAGGCUGAGCUUCUAGUAGUGUAUGGGGCAGAUCCUGGGGCACCAGAUGUAAAUGGAAGAACGCCUAUUGACUACGCCAGGCAGGCGGGACACCAUGAUCUGGCUGACCGAUUAGUGGAGUGUCAGUAUGAAUUGACAGACAGACUUGCCUUCUACCUCUGUGGACGCAAACCAGAUCAUAAAAAUGGGCAUUACAUUAUCCCACAGAUGGCUGACAGCCUGGACCUGUCUGAACUUGCAAAAGCUGCCAAGAAAAAACUGCAAGCGCUCAGUAAUCGUCUGUUUGAAGAACUUGCCAUGGAUGUGUAUGAUGAAGUUGAUCGCAGAGAAAACGAUGCAGUUUGGCUAACAACUCAGAACCACAGUACAUUAGUCACAGAGCGCAGUGCUGUACCGUUCUUACCGGUCAACCCGGAGUACUCCGCCACUAGAAACCAGGGGCGUCAGAAAUUGGCUCGUUUCAAUGCUCGUGAAUUUGCCACGUUGAUCAUAGAUAUACUAAGUGAGGCAAAAAGAAGGCAACAGGGCAAGACCCCCUUGAUCCCUAUAGAUAAUCUUGAUUACUCUGCACGGAAUGCAAAUGAUUGUGAUGACCAGCAUGAUUAUGAUAGUGUAGCAUCUGAUGAAGAUACAGAUCAGGAGCUCCUCAGAAACUCCCGGAACAACAGAGCCAGGUAUCUACCCUCCACACAGAGCAUGGACUCCUCCGAUUUGUCAGAUGGUCCCAUCACACUGCAAGAGUAUCUGGAAGUCAAGAAGGCCCUUGCAACGUCUGAUGCCAAAGUACAGCAGCUGAUGAAAGUGAAUAACAAUCUUAGUGAGGAGCUACGCAGACUGCAGCGGGAGAUACACAAAUUGCAGACUGAGAACUCUCAAAUCCGGCAUCAGACAGGACCUUCUCCACCUCCACCAGCAAAUCCAGAACGUCAAGAACAUCCAGCUCCAUCUGCUCUCAGACGGGAUCGCCAGGCUUUCUCCAUGUAUGAGCCAGGCUCUGUCCUGAAGCCUUUUGGGCCCGCCACAGAUGAUCUUAGCGGUCGUUUACAGCCAUUACAAAUCCGGAAAGGCAUUUCUGCCUCUUUUGUGCCCUUCCCCCCUCUGUCCUCCCCUCUGUUCUCCGGACACCCGGACACUUCUCGGAAUAUGCCAGUAAAAGCUGAUCGGCACGGCAGUGGAACAGACAGCGACUACGACAACACCCAGAGCACAGAAACAGGCAGCGGGCUUGAUGGGAGAAGGUACUUGGAGCUUUCACGGGAUGAAGAUUUCCAUGCGGAAGCUGAAGAUGUAGAACUGGAGUUAGACCCCUCAUUACCCAGCACGGAAGAUGUGAUUCUUAGAACUGAGCAAGUGACCAAGAACAUCCAGGAGCUGCUGAGAGCCGCACAAGAAUUCAAACAUGACAGUUUUGUUCCAUGUUCAGAAAAGAUUCAUUCUGCAGUGACAGAGAUGGCAUCCCUUUUCCCCAAGAAGCCUGCUUUAGAAACUGUGCGCUCUUCCCUGAGGCUGCUUAACGCCAGUGCCUUCCGGCUGCAGAGCGAGUGCCGUAAAACCAUUCCACCAGAGCCGGGGGCUACAGUGGACUACCAGCUUCUCACUCAACAAGUCAUCCAGUGUGCUUACGACAUUGCCAAGGCUGCCAAACAGCUUGUCACUAUCACUACCCGAGAGAAGAAGCAAUGACAGCUGUCGUUGCCACCUCGCACAUUGGAUGGUGUAUGACAAGUCUUGGAUUCCUGUGUAGUUUUACAAGGAAUUGCAACAUUUCCUAAAACUCAUAGCUGCCAGGAAAUCCUUACAUAUCUCCUGUAAUACUCAUAAACUGGGUACAAGAUUUAACUCCCCAUAAUCAUGGAUGUCUACAGGAAUCGGCUAUCCAGGCAAUCAAUGUGAUGUUAACCCAUGUGGAAGUGAAGAGAGAUGCUGUUUCACUGAGUUAAUUCCCUUUACCGUUAUAUAUAUUCUUCUGUCAAAUAACAGUGCACAGCAAAAUAUAUUUAAUGUCUUGUAAGUUGUUCUUGCCCUUAAAAUAUAGUAUUCCAAAGAA